AUAAAUUCGCAGCGAGAUCACGUUUCGAGUGCUUCAAUUAUUUUGCUUAUAUAAAGAAGUGUGCUUGGCAUUUGGUUUGUUAAUUGUGCCAACUGUUUCAAGCAGCUAGAGCCCAAAAACAACAAAAACAAAAAUAAGCACAGCCAUGAACAAGUUCGCCACUCUUGCGGUAUUCAUCAGCGUCUGCCUCGCCGUCGGCAGCUGCAACUACGGAGGCCAACACGGCGGCUCCGGCUACGGUCACCGCAGCAUCUCCAGCUACGGACAGCGUGGAGAUGGCAGCGCUGCUGCCGCAUCGAGCGCCGCUGCUGCCGGUGGCAAUGACCAGCGUCCCGUAGAGAUUGUUGCCGGUCCCCGUUAUGGCGGCAGCGAGCAACUGCGCCCGAUCCUCCUCGACUCCGGCUACCAUGGUGGCCACAACGAAUACGGUCGCGGACAGGGACACAUUGGACACCUCGUCGGCGGCGGCAGCUAUGGCGGACACAUCGCCGGCGGCAACCAUGGCAACCAUGGCGUCAACCAUGGCGGCAACCAUGGUGGCAACUAUGGCGGCCAGCAGCGCGGCUAUGGCCGUCCCCGUUGGUCUGUCCAGCCCGCUGGCGCCACUCUGCUGUAUCCCGGCCAGAACAGCUACCGUCGUUAUGCUUCCCCACCAGAGUACACCAAGGUGGUGCUGCCCGUGCGCGCCGCUCCCCCAGUUGCCAAGCUCUACCUGCCCGAGAACAACUAUGGCAGCCACGGUGGCUACCAAAACGAGGGACCCAAGUACUAGAGGACCAAUCCCCUCUUGGCUACUUCUCUC